AUGGACCCUCCGCUCCGGCUCCUCCCCGAUGGCCGCCUCACGGCGGCGCUGCUCCUCCUGGGCGCCUGCCUGUCGGCGUGCAGCGUGCAGGCGGUCACCAGCGCGGAGGCCUCCUACAUCGCCCACCGCCAGCUGGCAGCCAUGAAGGAGGCCGGCGGCGAAGAGGCCGGGGACCUCCCGCCGGACUUCGAGUUCGACGACCGCGUCGGCGCCAACUUCCCGAACCCGCGGCUCCGGCGCGCGUACAUCGCGCUGCAGGCCUGGCGCCGCGCCUUCUACUCCGACCCCAAGGGCUACACCUCCAACUGGGUCGGCAACGACGUGUGCAAGUACAACGGCGUGGUGUGCGUGGAGGCGCUGGACGACCCCAAGGUCACGGUGGUCGCCGGCAUCGACCUCAACGGCGCCGACAUCGCCGGGUACCUGCCCCCCGAGCUGGGCCUGCUCACCGACCUCGCCUUCUUCCAUAUCAACAGCAAUCGCUUCUGCGGGAUCAUCCCCAAGAGCAUGUCGCGGCUGUCGCUGCUGCACGAGUUCGACGUCAGCCACAACCGCUUCGUGGGGUCCUUCCCCUUCGUCUGCCUCGAGAUGUCGUCCCUCAAGUACCUCGACAUCCGAUUCAAUGACUUCGAGGGCGAGCUGCCGCCGGGGCUCUUCGACAAGGACCUCGACGCCAUCUUCGUCAACACCAACCGCUUCGUGGGCCACAUCCCGGAGAACCUCGGCAACUCCACGGCGUCCGUCGUCGUCGUCGCCAACAACGGCCUGACUGGGUGCAUCCCCAAGAGCAUCGGCCGGAUGGUGAAGACGCUGGAUGAGAUCAUCUUCCUCAACAACAAGCUCGACGGCUGCCUGCCGCUGGAGAUGGGCCUGCUGCAGAACACCACCGUCAUCGACGUCAGCGGCAACGCCCUCGUCGGCACGCUGCCGGAGCAGCUGUCCAACAUCACCAAGCUGGAGCAGCUCGACUGCUCCCGGAAUGUCUUCACAGGCAUCGUGCACGAGUCCAUCUGCGAGCUCCCGGCGCUCGUCAACUUCAGCUUCGCCUUCAACUUCUUCAACUCGGAGGCCGCCCCGUGCAUGCCGUCGGAGAAGGCGCUCGUCAACCUCGACGACAGGGACAAUUGCCUCGGUGCCCUGCGGCCGGCGCAGAAGACGACGCUGCAAUGCGCCCCCGUGCUCGCGCGCCCCGUCGAUUGCAGCAAGCACGUGUGCGCGGGGUACCCAACACCAUCGGGGCCGCCGGCGCUGCCGGGGAAGCCGCCGAUGGUGAAGGUGCCUCCGACGCUCACGCCAACGCCGCCCGUCAAAGAUGAACCCGGGAAAUCACCACAACAACCGCCGUCGCCGCCGAAGUCAGAGAGUCCACCCGGUAAAUCACCGAACCAACCAAAGGGUCCAGUGCCAAGCCCAACACCUGUACCCGUUAAGUCACCUGCUCCGCCGCCUCCAGACUCUGCCUGGCUGCCGGUGACACCCGAGCGCCCUAAGGCACCACCACCAAAGGAACAACCUGAGUCGCCUCCAGGAAAGUCACCGGCAGCACCUACUGCUCCACCGGUACCAGUGGCAUCACAGCCGCCACCCGCCAAGUCUCCUCCUUCACCAGCACCGGUUGCCUCGCCACCCACGCCAGUGAAGUCUCCACCUCCACCAGCUCCAGUGAGCUCUCCACCACCUCCGGUGAAAUCAUCUCCUCCACCGGCGCCCGUGGCCUCACCACCACCUCCGGUAAAAUCACCUCCUCCACCAACUCCGAUGGCAUCACCACCACCACCCACCAAAUCACCACCCCCACCGCCGCCACCCGCCAAGUCUCCUCCUUCACCGGCACCGGUUGCCUCGCCACCCACGCCCGUGAAGUCUCCACCUCCACCAGCUCCAGUGAGCUCUCCACCACCUCCGGUGAAAUCACCUCCUCCACCGGCGCCCGUGGCCUCACCACCACCUCCGGUAAAAUCAUCUCCUCCACCGGCUCCGAUGGCAUCACCACCACCACCCAUCAAAUCACCACCCCCACCUGCACCUGUCGCCUCACCUCCGCCGCCUGUGAAAUCACCUCCUCCACCGGCAUCAUCUCCACCUGCUCCUGUGAGUUCACCACCUCCAGUGGUGAAGUCUUCACCACCACCUGCUCCAGUUAGCUCACCACCGCCUCCGGUGAAGUCACCACCUCCACCUGCCCCUGUUAGCUCACCUCCUCCCCCGGUGAAGUCUCCACCACCACCAGCACCGGUCAGCUCACCGCCGCCGCCAGUAAAGUCACCACCACCUCCGGCACCAAUGAGCUCACCGCCACCUCCAGUGAAGUCUCCUCCUCCACCAGCACCGGUUAUCUCUCCACCACCUCCAGUGAAGUCUCCUCCCCCACCAACACCAGUUAGCUCUCCACCACCUCCCGUGAAGUCUCCUCCUCCACCAGCACCAGUUAGCUCUCCACCACCUCCCGUGAAAUCUCCUCCUCCACCACCUCCAGUGAAAUCUCCUCCUCCACCAGCACCGGUUAUCUCUCCUCCACCACCAGUAAAGCCAUCGUCGCCACCUCCAGCUCCAGUAAGCUCACCACCUCCAGUGGUCGCCUCACCCCCGCCAAAGCAAGAAGAAGUAAAAUCAUCACCACCAGCAGAAUCCCUACCUCCACCGUCGUUCAACGACAUCAUCCUUCCGCCCAUCAUGGCCAACAAGUACGCAUCACCGCCACCCCCUCAAUUCCAAGGGUAUUAAGCACCAUGAAGAGGUCGACAACGAGGAGUGAUCGGAACAGUAUAUAAGCAGACAGCAAGCACAUAUACACACCUACAUGUAACUCUGCUUUUGGCACCAAUGUGCAAGCAUACAUGUAUGAAC